AUGCUGGAUGGCCAUUCCCAGGAGGUGCUCGGGGGCACGGGAUCCCUGUUGCAUUCUCGCCCCGGAUCGCCAUUCGACGCCCGACAGCCCUUCUGCAGUGAUGUCGAGGGCUGGGGCCCGAUCAGCUCAUCCCGAUUCGAUUUGACACCAUGCUUCUUGGAUGUGAUUGUGGCGGUGGUGGCCGUUUGGGGCACGCUGGCGGGUGUCGCUGCACUGUGGCUUUUGCUGAAGAAGCGCAUCCCGUCGCCUGUCUCGAAGAACUGGCACUUCUACGCCAAGUUGGUCGUGCUCGCCGCUCUGAUUUUUGUCUCUGGCCUGCAAGCAGCUCUUCAGGUCGAGUCGCAACCCCAAACUUUCUGGGCCGACUUUCGCUUCUGGUCGUCGAUCUCGACAAUUGUCUCGCUUGGUGUGAUAUAUAUGGUGCAGUAUUUCGAACACUGGCGAAGUCGGCAGCCUAAUGGGGUCGUACUUUUCUACUGGCUCUUUUUCAAUAUUGCAUAUGCCGUCAAGCUGCGGUCACUCGUCGCGCGACAGGAAUACCUGCAUCGACCCCCUUACUUUGUUUGUGUCAACGUGAGCUUGGGUCUUGCGCUGUUGGAGUUCGUGCUGGAAUACUUCGUGCCGAAGAAGCAGAGUGCCUACGAUGCAUUGGGCGAUGAAGAUGAAUGCCCCUACAAUUAUGCGGAUAUUUUCUCCGUCCUCACUUUCAGCUGGAUGACUCCGAUGAUGAAGUUCGGAUACAAUAAUUUCCUGACGCAAGAUGAUCUGUGGAAUCUUCGCCGCCGCGACACUACUCGAGUCACGUAUGACGAUCUGCGAGAGGCAUGGGAGGAACAGCUUGAGAAGAAGAAACCGUCCCUCUGGAUGGCACUUUUCAAGGCUUUUGGAGGGCCCUACCUUCGGGGUGCCAUCAUUAAAUCGGGCAGUGACAUGCUUGCCUUUGUUCAACCGCAGCUCCUGCGUCUUCUGAUCGCCUUCAUCGAUUCGUACCGAAGCCCGGAUCCCCAGCCCAUCAUCAGAGGCGUUGCCAUCGCCCUGGCCAUGUUCGUUGUCUCGGUCUGCCAGACUAGCUGUCUCCAUCAAUAUUUCCAGCGAGCCUUCGAUACUGGCAUGCGAGUCAAAUCAGCCCUGACUGCCCUGAUCUACGCAAAAUCAUUGCGAUUGUCGAGCGAAGGACGCGCGGCCAAGACCACUGGUGAUAUUGUCAACCACAUGGCUGUUGACCAACAACGGCUGUCUGAUUUGACUCAAUUCGGCACUCAGCUAAUUUCUGCUCCAUUCCAAAUCACUCUGUGCAUGGUGUCUCUCUACCAGCUUGUUGGUGCCAGCAUGUUUGCCGGUGUGGGAGUGAUGAUCCUGAUGAUCCCAUUGAAUGGUGUGAUUGCACGGAUGAUGAAGACGCUGCAGAUCUCCCAGAUGAAGAACAAAGACUCGAGGACCCGAUUGAUGACCGAGAUUCUGAACAACAUUAAGAGCAUUAAGCUCUAUGCUUGGAACACUGCCUUUAUGAACAAGCUCAGUCAUAUCCGGAAUGACCUGGAAUUGAACACGCUUCGGAAAAUUGGGGCCACGCAAUCCAUUGCGAACUUCACCUGGAUGUCCACUCCUUUCCUUGUGUCUUGCUCGACAUUUUCCGUCUUCGUUCUGACAAGUGACCGCCCAUUGACCACGGAAAUUGUUUUCCCUGCGUUGACUCUCUUUAACCUGCUCACCUUCCCGCUUUCGAUUCUCCCCAUGGUGAUCACUUCGGUCAUUGAAUCUUCUGUGGCGGUGCAACGAUUGAUGGCCUACUUCACCGCAGAGGAACUCCAAACUGAUGCCGUCCGAUUCGAAGACCCCGUGGAACAUACGGGUGAUGAGUCCGUGCGUGUGCAUGAUGCCUCGUUUACAUGGAACCGCUACACCCAAACAACUGUUCUGAAGAACAUCGACCUUAGCGCUCGCAAGGGUGAACUCAGUUGCAUCGUUGGCCGGGUCGGGUCGGGCAAGUCUUCGCUGCUCCAAGCCUUGCUAGGCGAUCUUUGGAAAACCCAGGGAGAGGUGGUUGUGCGUGGACGCGUCGCAUAUGUUGCACAAGCGCCGUGGGUGAUGAACGCUAGCGUCCGGGAAAAUAUUGUCUUUGGGCAUCGAUGGGAUCCCGCCUUCUACGAUCUCACUGUUGAAGCUUGUGCUCUACUCGAUGACUUCAAGAACCUGCCCGAUGGUGAUCAGACUGAAGUUGGCGAACGCGGAAUCUCUCUGUCAGGAGGACAAAAGGCACGAUUGACCCUUGCCCGUGCGGUCUACGCCCGAGCAGAUAUCUACCUUCUGGAUGAUGUUCUCUCGGCCGUGGACCAGCAUGUCGGGCGCCACAUUAUCAACAAGGUGCUUGGGCGGUCUGGUAUUCUUAACGGCAAGACACGCAUUCUCGCGACCAACGCAAUCACAGUUCUCAAGGAGGCUGAUUUCAUUGGCCUGCUGCGUGAUAAAACUAUCAUCGAAAAGGGCACUUACGAGCAACUGCUAGCCAUGAAGGGCGAAAUUGCCAACCUUGUCCGCACAACCCUGGCUGAAUCAGACGACGAAGGCGCUGUUAGUGGAUCCGAGAAUGGUCUCGCCAGCCCUGACAGCUCCGACACAACAGCCGUCGUCGAGCAAGGAGACGACAGCACAGACAGCGAAGAGGUAGAACAACCUGGCUCUCUUGUCCCCAUUAAGUCGGCUAGCAAACCCCAGAGAAAAACCAGCACUGUCACUCUGCGUCGUGCUAGCACCGCAAGCUGGCAAGGGCCAAGACGCAAACUGGGAGAUGAAGAGAAUAUGCUCAAGAGCAAGCAAACGCAGGAAACCUCGCAGCAGGGCAAAGUCAAGUGGAGUGUAUAUGGUGAAUAUGCAAAGAACAGCAACAUCGGUGCAGUCACCUUUUAUCUGCUUGCUCUUGUGGCCUCGCAAACCGCCCAGGUGCUCGGCAACUUCUGGUUGAAAAGCUGGACCGAGUCAAACGAAGCACAUGGAUCUAACGCUAGCACGGGCAAGUUUAUCGGGAUUUACCUGGCGUUUGGUCUGGGCUCGUCUGUCCUGGUCAUCCUCCAGAACCUGAUCCUGUGGAUCUUCUGCUCGAUCGAGGCUUCUCGGAAACUGCAUGAGCGAAUGGCAUUUGCCAUCUUCCGCUCCCCCAUGAGCUUUUUUGAAACCACACCGUCUGGCCGGAUUUUGAACCGUUUCUCCAGUGAUGUCUACCGUGUUGACGAGGUAUUGGCUCGCACGUUCAAUAUGCUCUUUGCCAACUCUGCCCGUGCGGUGUUUACUAUGGUUGUCAUUGCAGCUUCGACUCCAGCUUUCAUGCUGCUGGUCAUCCCGCUGAGUUAUGUCUACCUCAGCUACCAAAAGUACUACCUGAGGACUUCCCGUGAGUUGAAGCGCCUCGACAGCGUCACUCGAAGCCCAAUCUACGCCCAUUUCCAGGAGUCUUUGGGAGGAAUCUCAACUAUCCGAGCCUACCGACAAGAGAACCGGUUCGCACUUGAGAAUGAAUGGCGUAUGGAUGCCAAUCUUCGAGCCUACUUCCCGUCAAUCAGUGCCAACCGCUGGCUGGCCGUCCGUCUCGAGUUCAUCGGUUCAAUUAUCAUUCUGGCGUCUGCAGGGCUCGCUAUCGUGUCAGUCGCGACUGGAAGUGGUCUCUCGGCCGGCAUGGUCGGGCUGGCCAUGUCCUAUGCUCUUCAGAUCACUCAGUCUUUGAACUGGAUCGUUCGUCAGACCGUGGAGGUGGAGACCAACAUUGUGUCUGUUGAGCGGGUGCUCGAGUACGCCAACCUGCCCAGCGAGGCACCUGAGGUGAUUUUCAAGCGUCGUCCUGCUAUCGGCUGGCCGGCUCAAGGUGCUGUUUCCUUCAAGGACUAUAGCACUCGUUACCGUGCGGGGCUCGAUCUGGUGCUGAAGGAUGUCAGCCUUGAUAUCAAGCCCCGCGAAAAGAUUGGUGUCGUUGGCCGGACAGGUGCUGGAAAGAGUUCACUUACCUUGGCUCUCUUCCGGAUCAUCGAGGCUGCUAGUGGCAACAUCAGCAUUGACGGGCUCGAUGUGUCGACCAUUGGCUUGUUUGACCUGCGUGGCCGUCUCGCCAUUAUUCCUCAGGAUCCUGCCAUGUUCGAAGGUACCCUGCGUGAUAACCUGGACCCCCGGCAUGUCCACGACGAUACCGAACUUUGGAGUGUUCUAGACCACGCAAAAUUGAAGGAACAUGUCUCUCAAAUGGAGGGCCAGCUGGACGCGGAGAUUCAAGAGGGAGGAUCGAACCUGAGCCAAGGCCAGCGUCAGCUGGUAUCCCUCGCGCGGGCAUUGCUAACGCCCAGCAACAUACUUGUCCUGGACGAGGCCACACAGCGAACUAGGCCGCGGUUGACGUGGAGACGGACGCGCUGCUCCAGCGGACCCUGCGCGCAGCAUCAUCUCCAAGAUCGUACCAUCAUCACGAUCGCGCACCGAAUCAACACGAUCAUUGACUCGGAUCGAAUUGUCGUGCUAGACAAGGGUCGAGUGGCGGAAUUCGACACGCCAGCGGAGCUGAUCAAGCGAGGUGGCAGAUUCUUCCAGCUCGCUAAGGAGGCUGGCCUGCUUGACAAUGACGGCGCCGUCGCCUCCUCUCAAUAG